AUGGCGACUCUUCGCGAAGUGUCGCGGCCCCUGAGGCAAUUACCUUUCAGCCAAUUGAUUCGGCCAGCGGCUCCGUUCUGCGUUAGGCGAUGCGCGUCGACACAGGCCGCUGCGACUCCCGCCAGCAAGGUCCCUGACCUUGCGGACCUCGAGGCAGACUCGUCUCUCCUGACGCCAGAGCUCGGCCAGGAUGUGAAGGCCACAACUCCCAGGAUCAGGGCUAUGAAGAGGAAAACCAAGUUGCCCGGUAGCAGAUACCAAUAUCACCCGCCCAAGUACGAGCGCGGCCCACUGCAUCCUAUCCAGUCCCCUGCAUCAUCCGAUCCCGUCGCGCGAGACUUCGUCCCCGGACCUUACAACCUGCCCCGUCUCAAGCAGACAUACCAGUCCACGAUCGCCUCCGACAUCAUGACCCUGACCUACACCCACAAGCCGCCCGGGACGGUCGAGCGAGAAACGCCUGAGCGUCUGCGAGGUUGGGAUGGCUCUUCGCCGUACCACAAGAACCGAGCGCGGCGAGGCCCCCGUGGCUCCGCCGUCCUGCGCCCGAUCGAGAAGGACAUUGACUUCCGCAACAUCCCCGAGAUCAAGUCGGUCACGGUCGUGUCGCACGUGCCCAAGGCCGUCAAGGACCCGGACCACCUCAUCGUCGCGCGCGCCAUGAUGCAGGCCAUCACGGGCUCCGUCCCCGAGAUCACCAAGGUCAAGACGAGCGUCGUCCAGUGGGGCAUGCAGUCCGGCAAGCAGGCCGGUGUCAAGGCGACGAUCCACGGCAACGACGCCUACGAGUUCGUCGACAAGUGCAUCCACCUCGUCUUCCCCAAGAUCAAGGACUGGAAGGGCAUCAAGGGCAGCACCGGAGACAGCUCUGGCAACCUCGCGUGGGGUUUCGAGCCGGAGGACAUGGCGCACUUUCCCGAGAUGGAGGCGAACUACUCUAUGUACCCUCCCAAGAUGGUUCCCGGUUGCCGUGUGUUCGUAGAGACCACUGCCCGGUCGGAUAGGCACGCCAGGCUUCUUUUCCAGGCCAUGGGCAUCCCCUUCUAUGGUGAGCUCAGGGAUUAG